AUCUACACCGCAAGAAACGAAGAAGAGACAUCUGUGGCUCGAUCGUCCAAACAUCUGAGCAGACUGUCGACUUGGUUCACCCCCCAUCAUGUCUAACUUUGACCCCAAUGCAAUCCUCCGCGGAGCGCAACUCACCUUUGUAGGCGCCCACCGAGCUCUGCAAAACCCCGAGCUCUUCACCACGGCGCAUUACCGACAAGCCGCAAUCGCAGUCUGCGCGGGACUCGCCAUCCGGAUUAUCCUCAAUAUCCCGAUUUAUAUUGUCAAGAUCCUCAUAUGGAUCAUAUCAAUCUUCGUCAAUCUCGACCACGAGACAUGGGACGACAAGGUCAUCUCAGGCUUGGACUUUAUCUCGAAAUCGGUGCUCCAGAUUCCCUUCUUCUUGAUGAUGGUCAUGGGAUCCGUGACUCCGACGUUGGACAACCUCUUCAUGGAGUCCCUGAAGUGGGUGGACACUACUUACGUGCAGAAGCACAAAUCCGACGACCCGGCCACGCUACGGGGCAUGUACUACCCCACGCUCAAGAUGUACCCGACGCACGGUGAGAAGGAGAAGAAAGAACGGCGGUCCCUUGUCGAUGGGGCCAUCAUCUUCCUUACGAAGUAUGGCCGCCGGGCGGCAAUUUCUCUGGCCAUCUACGCGCUCACCUUCGUGCCUGGCGUGGGCCGCUUCGUUCUUCCGGUCGCCUCAUUCUACACAUUCAACAAGGCCGUCGGACCGGUGCCCGCGGGUAUCGUGUUCGCAUCCGGCCUUAUCAUUCCCAAACACUACAUGGUCCACUUCCUCCAGACCUAUUUUUCGAGCCGCAGUCUCAUGUCGCGCUUACUGGAACCCUAUUUCCACCGCAUCCGCUUCACGAACCAACAAAAGAAGAUCUGGUUCAUCGACCGCAGCGGCGUCUUGUUCGGCUUCUCCGCCGCGUUCACGGUCAUGGUGAAGGUGCCGCUGCUGGGAGUGCUGAUAUACGGCAUUGCGGAAGCGAGUACGGCGUACUUGAUUACGAAGAUUACGGAACCGCCGCCACCCCCUGGAGCGGCCAGCCAAGCGUACAUUGAGAGUGAGGUGAGGUGGAAGAACAAGCAUUUGUUCUUGAAUCUGCCCUUGGAUCGGCUGGACGAGUUUAAUGCGCGGUUGACUGGUGCAGAGAAAGUGGGGAGGGUGGAGAGUACAGAAGUCCCGAGGAGGAAAUUUACCUAGAGACGGAAGUUCUCUAAGGAACGAUCGAGGAACGGCUGGUUGGAACCCAGCUUUCUCUGGAGUUGUUCUCGAGGGGUCGAGCUUCGGCGGGUUAUGGGAAAUAAACAGAGGGUCAGGAAGGAAAAGACAGAUGAGUCGGUUCUAGGUUUUCUAGGAAUACAUUUUGAUAGAUCAUUUGGUGUUAUGGGCCAUUUUUUCA